CUGGAUUCUCCAAGCGGCUUAAUUUUACUUGCGGAGAUUAAUUCUGAAGUGCCAUUGUUGAAAAGGAGAGGGCGGGCUGCCACCUUUAGCCAUUUUCACUGUGCAAUAGUAUUAGAGGGGCUCAUUUAUUUCUUCCUUGAUUGAAUCCAAAAAUUAAAGGUAACCUUUUGAAUUGAAAGUAAGCAUGGUAGGAUCGUGAGCAUAUGGUACUCCACAACCACGGAAGAGGGACUGAAGGAUGGCGUCCAGAGAGAGGCUAUAUGAACUUUGGAUGCUUUAUUGCAAUAAGAAAGACCCAGACUACUUGAAGCUCUGGUUGGAUAGUUUUGUUUCUAGUUAUGAACAGUUUCUGGAUGUGGAUUUUGAGAAAUUGCCCACACGGGUGGAUGAUGUUCCCCCUGGAAUAUCACUGCUUCCUGAUAACAUUCUUCAGGUCUUGAGGCUCCAGCUGCUGCAUUGUGUCCAGAAAUUGUCAGAAGGACUGGAAGAACCACAGCAAGCUUUGUCACUUCUCCUUGUCAAAUUCUUCAUUAUCCUUUGCCGAAACUUGGCUAAUGUCGAAGAGAUUGGGACUUGUUCCUAUAUUAAUCAUGUCAUUACAAUGACUACACUCUAUAUUCAACAGUUAAAGAGUAAAACAAAGGAGAAAGAAGUGGCAGAUCAAACACCUAUAGAAGAGUUUGUCAGGCACGCACUGGCUUUCUGUGAAAGCCUCUACGAUCCAUACCGCAAUUGGAGGCAAAGAAUCGCAGGGCAAAUUCUGGGCACUGUUGAAAAAAGCAGACAAAAGUACAAACCAGCUUCACUCACAGUAGAGUUUGUCCCUUUCUUUUACCAGUGUUUUCAAGAAAGCGAGCAUCUCAAAGAGAGCCUAAAAUGUUGUCUGCUACAUCUCUUUGGAGCUAUCGUGGCUGGCGGGCAGAGAAAUGCUCUUCAAGCAAUAUCUCCAGCUACCAUGGAAGUCUUGAUGCGCGUUUUGGCGGACUGUGACAUGUGGGAUAACAGAGACCCAGAUGAAGUGAGCAGGAAGGCAGAGCUGACGCUGAAGUGCCUGACGGAAGUGGUGCACAUCCUCCUGACCAGCAGCUCGGAUCAGCGGCAGGUGGAAACCAGUACCAUACUGGAGAAUUACUUCAAGUUGCUCAACUCUGACCACACGGCUUUGCCGAACUCGAGGAGAUCUCGGCAGUGGGAGAGCAGGUUCAUAGCUCUUCAGAUUCAAAUGCUGAAUACCAUCACCGCCAUGUUAGACUGCACAGAUAGGCCUGUUCUGCAAGCCAUUUUCCUUAAUAGUAACUGUUUUGAGCAUCUUAUUCGACUGCUGCAGAACUGCAAGCUGUUUUUAAAUGCUAACAGUAAGGUGGCAGACAAGAAUGAGAAAGACCUUGCCAACCAAUUCCUGACAGAAAUGAAUCAGGAACAGGUAUUUCAAGGCCAGCUGGACUGCUUGGCAGUGUCAGCCAUCCAAGCUCUUACAGCAGUGAUGCACAAAUCUCCAGCUGCUAAGGAAGUGUUUAAGGAGCGGAUUGGUUAUGCCCAUAUAUUUGAAGUCCUAAAAUCUAUGGGUCAGCCAUCACGGGAACUACUUGAAGAACUUAUGAAUAUGGCUGUCGAAGGUGACCAUGCAUCCGUUGGGAUGUUGGGCAUAAGCAACGUCCAGCCCUUGCUGCUGCUGAUUCAGUGGCUUCCAGAGCUUGAAUCCCACGAUCUUCAGGUCUUCGUCUCCAACUUGCUGAAGCGAAUUUGCUGCAUUAACAGGCGGAGCCGUGCCAUCUGCGUCAAUACCAACAUGGUUGUCCGCAUCAUCGAGACGCUCAGCCAACACUCCCUGCUCCACGCAGCCUGCGCAGAGAACCUGAUUGUCCUCUUGGGCUCUUUGGGGAGCCAGUCCAUGAGCUCGAAAGAGCUGCACCAGCUAAUUAGGCUGCUGAGGACUAACGACUCGAAGCAGACCCACCCGUACGCUGUCCUGGUGAUGCGGGCCGUUCUGACCAUGGCUCGAAAGCAAGGCCUAGACAGCGCCUUACAGUAUUUUGACUUGUCUCACAGCAUGGCGGGCAUUGCAGUGCCAGCGAUUCACAAGUGGCCGGGUUCUGCGUUUGCUUUCAGUGCUUGGCUCUGCCUGGACCAAGAGCAAAUGGCUCCUGGGGCGAGCGGCAAAGGGGGCAAGAGGAAACAACUGUACAGCUUUUUUACAGGCAGUGGGAUGGGCUUUGAGGCCUUCAUUACCUGUUCUGGAGUGCUAGUGGUUGCAGUGUGUACAAAGAAAGAAUAUGCCACCGUGAUGCUUUCAGACCACUGCUUCUGUGAUUCUCUCUGGCACAAUAUAAGCAUUGUUCAUAUGCCUGGGAAAAGGCCCUUCGGUCAAAGCCUUGUCUGUAUUUAUGUAAACGGGCAACAGAAGAUCUCUGCGCCACUCAGAUUUCCCACCAUGAAUGAACCUUUUACUUUUUGCUGCAUUGGUUCUGCUGGUCAAAGGACAACUACUCCUCCACCAUCCCAGAUUCCGGAUCCACCCUUUUCGUCCCCUGUUAUGCCUCAUCGGACAUCACUUGGUGGGAUUCUCAGUCCAGGCAGCUGGGGUGGGUUGCUGGGGAAGCCAGAACACAUCACCAAGCUGAUCUCAGCAGGAACUCAAGACAGUGAGUGGGGAUGCCCGACCUCUCUGGAAGGCCAGCUUGGAUCAGUUCUCAUAUUUCAUGAAGUAUUGCAACCUUCUCACGUGAAAGCAUUAUAUUUGGCAGGUCCAAACUGCUUAACUACGUGGAAACCCCAAGAAUCCGAAGUGGCAGACUUGCCCAGUAAAAUACUUCUUCAUUAUACACCCAAGGCCUACAGACGCCCAAGAUGUCUGGACCUUUCGGCAAAUCUUCUCCAUGGAAGGCUGACAGGGAACAAAGUAGUGAACUGGGACAUCAAGGAUAUGAUCAAUUGUAUAGGUGGAUUAAAUGUGCUAUUCCCGCUGCUGGAGCAGAUCAGCUUCCUUGACGGUCCGUUACUUGAGAGGCCGGAUGUGGAAUUUGUGCCUCCUGAAUUGCUGACGCCCAGCGAAGAAGACUGGGUGGUGUUAACCUCUACCAGAGCUUCAGAGGCUCGCUUGGAGAAGAACAUCGUUGCGACUUUCAUCUUGAUGAUAAAGCAUUUUAUUCAGAGGCACCCAAUCAACCAGGAUAAUCUUGUUCACACGCAUGGUGUUGCAACCUUAGGAGCCCUUUUGCAGAAGGUGCCCAGCAGUUUCAUGGAUGUGAAUGUACUGAUGGCCGUCCAGUUACUGAUAGAACAGGUCUCUGUGGCAAAAAAUGUGCCACUUUUGCAGCAGAUGUAUCAGUACCUACUUUUUGACUUUAACAUCUGGAACCGUGGAGACUUCCCAUUCCGAAUAGGCCACAUUCAGUACCUUUCUACAAUUAUCAAAGACAGCAGGAGGGUCUUCCGGAAAAAGUACGGUGUGCAAUUUUUACUGGAUACUCUGAGGAUUUAUUAUGGGAACAGCUACAAAGAGAGUGACUUGGCUCUCGAUGAUCUUAGAACAAUAAGGACAUCUCUGUACGGAUUAAUCAAAUAUUUCUUGAGCAAAGGUGGAGCACAUGAGGAAAUACAGAGCAUCAUGGGAUAUAUAGCAGCCAUCAAUGAUGAAGAGCAGCUCUUUGGGAUCCUGGACGUGCUCUUCAGCCUGCUACACACCAGCCCAAGCCGAGAUCAGCUUUUCUUGUUGCUUUUUGAGCCAGGAAAUGCAGACAUCCUUUAUGCUUUGUUGCUGAAUCAGAGAUACUCAGACCGACUAAAGGAACUUAUAUUCAGGAUUCUGGAGCAGAUGUUGAAGUGCACCAAAGUCUAUGAACGGAGCAAGCAACGUAUGAAACUCAGAGAAGUCGGGUAUUCUGGUCUGGGACUGCUCCUGAACGAAUCUCCAGUUACCACGUCUCUCAUUAAGAACCUUCUCAACCAAGUUCUGAAUGCCGAUCCAGUUGUGAAUUACAGGGACUUUAUAGCUGUGGUACACUUGGCUCACAAGGCAGAUAUAAACGUCAGAGUGGCCAUCUGUCAAAAGCUUUUGCAAAUUCUGCACUCCCAGCAGGAUUCAGCACAGCAGAUUUCUCAGCAGCUCGGCUGGCAGGAGACGUUGACCAGGCUCUUCCUGAAAGAGAACGCCGACGUCAGGAACGGCGCGAGGGAGAACAAAAGUGAUUCCACUAAAGAGGAUGAAAGGCGGGCCUCUGCCAAAGACCAUCCGAGGCGCCUCUCUUCAAAGGCAGACGGGGAAGACGGUACCAGUUUUGCAUCUGUGAAUGGGUCGUGUGAUCGGUGGAGCUUAGAAGACGGCAAAUCGGUGACGCCGCUUGAAGACGCCUCCAUGGCGGAGAUGACCUUCAGGCCUGAGGACCGAGAGGAGCUGUGGCAAAAGAAUCCUUCUCGCUUGAGUUUGGACCUGUCAAGCGUGGACUCUUAUGAACUGGGGGAUAAUGGGAGCCAGAUGGCAGAUAGUUUGCCCAGCACCCCGUCGCCUGUUGAGAACACAAAGACAUUUUCUGGGCAGCUUGACAAAGAACCGUGUGCUGCAGAGGAGGUGUCGCUCGCGGCCGAUCUUUCAUUAUUUGAAAUUCACGAAGCAUGUGAAGAAGAUCUUGUUCAGUUGCUUACAGACGUUCUGCUCUGUCUGCUGUGGAAAGGCAUAGAAAGAUCUGAUGAUGAUGCUUGGAUCGAGAGAGGACAGGUUUUUUCUGCCCUCACCAAAUUGGGGAUCUCCAAUGAGCUACUACAACCAUCAGAUGAAAUAAAGCUCAAUUUGCUAGAGAAGAUGCUGGAAUGGGCCGUCACCGACAGCAGAGAUGUCAAAUCUCUCCCCAUGUAUGCAGAAAAUGCCUUCCGGCUCCUCCUUAUUGUGCACGAUUUCCUGCAAGCAGAAGGCCUUGUGAAUUCGAAUCUGUGGACGGAAAAGCUCUUGGAAGAGCUGGUGACCCUCAUGGACACCUUAUCAGUCUGGUACCCUUCCGGCCCAGAGUCUGUGAAGCUCUACCAAGUACAGGUCCAGAUGCUUCUCGGGUUCAUUGGACAGGAUAAUUUACAGGUGUGCGCAAUGGCUGCCGCCAAGCUCAACACUCUUCUUCAGACCAAAGUCCUGGACCACCAAGCCGAGUCCUGCUACCUGCUGGGCAAGCUGGAAGGCAUCCUGAGCAGGUCGAUCCGAGAAAAGACGGAAACCUACUCCUUCUUGAUCCCCCUCGUCCGAACCCUCGUUUCCAAAAUUUACGACCUUCUCUUCAUGAGCCUGCACUUGCCUUCCCUGCCUUCCACCAACGGGAGCCCCUCCUUUUUUGAGGACUUUCAGGUCUACUGCGGCACUGACGAAUGGCAGGUUUAUAUCGACAGAUACAUCAUUCCAAAUAUGAAGCAGUACGAACUCAGCACGUUCAGCGAUGGCCACGAGCACAUGGCAGUCUAUUGGAAGGAUUGCUAUGAGGCCUUGAUGGUGAACAUCCAUAAGCGGGAGAGAGAGCGGGGAGAAAGCAAGCUCAAAUUUCAGGAAUUCUUUGUGGAGCCAUUUAACCGAAGGGCACGGCAGGAAAACCUACGUUACAACAGCAUGCUGAAGCAGCUGAAUAACCAGCACAUGGCAACGCUGAGGCAGUGGCGAGCCACAAAACUCUACCUCACCUGUGAACAGGGCCCCUGGGCUGAAAGGAAACUGAAUCUAAUUCACUGGAAACUUUCAAACGUGGAAAAUUACUCGCGAAUGAGGCUAAAAUUAGUACAAAAUUACAAUUUCAACUCUCACCAGGAAGCCAGCGCCCUGAGGGACAAUCUAGGUGUGCAGCAGGUGCCGCCGUCAAGUGAGGCUUUGCUUCUGGAGGCGGUGAAGCAAGUGAAAGCCAGCGACCAGGAGGAAGAGGAUGUCCUUGAACUGCCAGAGGAAGAGCCAGCAACCACUGGAAACAUGGAUGAGAAGGAAGAACAGAGCCAGAAAGAAAAGCUCGUCCUGUCUGAAGACUGUGAACUGAUUACAAUCCUUAAUGCGAUACCUGGCAGGCUGGAGAUCACCACCCAGCACAUCUAUUUCUAUGAUGGCAGCAUCGAAAAAGAGGAAGGCAUAGGAUUUGAUUUCAAAUGGGCUCUCUCUCAAAUUCGAGAGAUUCACUUGCGCCGCUACAACUUGAGGAGGUCAGCCUUGGAGAUCUUCUUUAUAGACCAGACAAACUACUUCCUUAACUUUAAAAAGGAGUCAAGAAAUAAAGUGUACAGCCGAAUUCUGUCUCUAUGCUCUCCAAAUAUUAGUGGGACCAGAUCUCCACAAGAAUUGUUUAAAGCAUCAGGACUGACCCAGAAAUGGGUGAACAGGGAGAUUUCCAACUUUGACUACCUCAUUCAAUUAAAUACUAUGGCAGGGCGGACCUAUAAUGACCUGGCACAGUAUCCGGUUUUUCCUUGGAUCUUACGGGACUACACUUCCGAAGAAUUGGAUCUGAAUAAUCCAGCUGUGUUUCGGGAUCUGUCGAAACCCAUUGGUGUGGCAAAUGAAAAGAAUGCCAAGGCUGUUCAGGAAAGGUAUGAGAACUUUGAAGAUCCCCUUGGAAUUAUUGACAAGUUCCACUAUGGCACUCACUACUCCAAUGCAGCUGGGGUCAUGCAUUACCUCAUUCGUGUUGAGCCUUUUACCACGUUGCAUAUCCAGCUUCAGAGUGGCAGAUUUGACUGCGCUGAUCGGCAGUUCCAUUCCAUUCCUGCGACCUGGCAAGCCCUCAUGGAGAAUCCAAACGACGUGAAGGAGCUAAUCCCAGAGUUCUUCUACUUCCCAGAGUUCUUAGAGAAUCAAAAUAAUUUCAGCUUGGGUCAGCUACAGAUCUCAAAAGAAGUGGUGAACGAUGUUGUUCUCCCCAAAUGGGCCCAUUCACCAGAGGACUUCAUUUAUAAACACAGGAAAGCAUUGGAGUCAGAAUACGUCUCUGCUCAUCUCCAUGAGUGGAUAGAUCUGAUUUUUGGCUAUAAACAGAGAGGGCCAGCUGCAGUGGAAGCAUUCAACGUCUUCUAUUACUGUACUUACGAAGGAGCUGUAGAUCUGGAUGCCUUGACAGACGAGAAAGAAAGGAAAGCCUUGGAGGGGAUGAUUAAUAAUUUCGGGCAAACACCUUGUCAGCUCCUGAAGGAGCCUCAUCCUGCCAGGCUGUCUGCGGAGGAAGUGGUGCAGAAGCAGACCAGAAUUGAAAACUGCCCCCUUAACCUGUUCCAGCAUCUCCCUGAGCUGAAGUCCUUUUUCAUUGAGGGAAUCAGUGAUGGGAUACCCAUUGUGAAGGCCAUUGUCCCCAGAAAUCAAUACCGUUCUUUCAUGUCACAGGGGAGCCCAGAGAUCCUGGUAACAGUGAGUCUCAACUGCGUUGUUGGAACCCAUGGGUGGCUCCCUUACGACCGAAAUAUCUCCAACUACUUCACUUUCCUCAGAGACCAAACUGUAACAAAUCCCAAAACGCAGCGAAGUGUCGGUGGGCCUUUUGAACCCGGACUGGAGAUCACCCCCAAGUUGUUCGUAGUGUCCCAUGAUGCAAAGCUGCUUUUCAGUGGAGGACAUUGGGAUAACAGCAUCAGAGUGACCUCUCUCACCAAGGGAAAAUUGAUGGCACAGCAUAUUAGGCAUAUGGAUAUCGUGACGUGCUUAGCUAUGGAUUUUUGCGGGAUCCAUUUAAUUUCAGGCUCGAGGGACACCACUUGUAUGAUAUGGCAAGUAGUGCAGCAGGGAGGAGUGCCUACAGGUCUGGCUCCUAAGCCUUUGCAGAUUCUAUAUGGACAUACCAACGAAGUGUCUUGUGUUGGUAUCAGCACAGAACUGGACAUGGCAGUCUCCGGAGCCAGGGAUGGAACUGUGAUUGUCCACACCAUUCGGAAAGGUCAGUACAUGAGGACCCUGAGGCCACCCUGUGAGAGCUCCCUCUUGCUCACUGUUCCGAAUCUGGCCGUAUCGUGGGAAGGACACACAGUCGUCCACACAAGUUUGGAAGGGAAGACAACGCUCAAGGAUAAGAAUGCACUACAUCUCUAUUCUGUGAAUGGAAAGUAUUUGGGCUCUGAGAGCCUGAAAGAGGAAGUGUCGGAUCUUUUUGUGGCUGGAGAAUAUAUUGUCAUGGGGAGUCUGCAGGGAUUCCUGUCCAUAAGAGACCUCUACAGCCUCGGCCUCAGCGUCUCCCCGUUAGCCAUGCGGCUGCCGAUUCGCUGUGUCUCUGUUACCAAAGAGUUCAGUCAUCUUCUGGUGGGCCUCGAGGACGGCAAGUUGAUUAUCAUUGGCGUUGGGAAGCCAGCUGAGAUGCGUGCAGGUCAACUUUCCCGAAAGUUAUGGGGUUCAAGCAAACGGAUCAGCCAGAUUUCAUCAGGAGAAACUGAAUAUAACACUCAAGAUUCCAAGUGAUUUCUGCUUCUGCCUUCUCUUGGAGAUUCCACCCAUUUAUUUAAUCUUCCGAUCAUUUUCAAUCAUCUCUCUCAACUUUCUCAGUUACGCUGGAACAACAGCCCAAUUUCCACAGGCGCACACAUGAAUUAGCGUAUGGCAUCUGUAGUUUUCGUAAUGGUGUUAUUACUACAUCAGAAGCAGAAGCAAUAAGCUAAUUCAGUGCUAUUUAAACACAUUAAUUUGUGUGUAUGCACAAAUUCAAUUUGUACGUGUUUGUAAGUACGUCUGCACAUAUGUGUGUGUUUAACUUUGUGUGUUUGUUAUGGUGAAUGUCAAUAAUUUAUAUUCACAGUUGCAUGAGAAUGUUGACGAACUUGGGUGAACGUCUGAAAAUAGAGACCUCCAAACUUUCUACUUGGAGCCCGGUGAAUGUUAUUGCUGCCAAAUGCUUUUGGGUCAACAUCCACCAGUACAGAUGAUGGGUGUGUGAAGCUAGGCUUAUGGAUUCUUCUUUUUUUUAAGCACAAUAGCUCUCGCAACCCCUUGAUAUCAGCUAGGUGUCCUGGGGAUAGAGGAUUAGCUGUCAUGCCCAAAAAGAAGCAAAAGGCUGAGUUUUAACACCUAAAUGACAUGGGUGGUCUUCUGGAUCUUAGCCAAUACUUCUAAAGAACUUGACAGACAAAAAUCGACAAACCUCCACUUCUUAUCUCCAAAGCCUUCAGGGGAUUUGAAACAUAUUCAAAAUUUCUAGAUGUAAAGAGGGAAUUUUGAGCAGUUUGGGAGAUAUCGCAUAUAAUAUACUACUUAGAUGAAUCAGU